AAAAAACUUUGGACACAAUUUCUUGGUGUGUUUACGAGGUGCAAUUGCACAGAUGAGUGUGUUGUGUGUGUGUGUGCGCACCUGACUGGCUCUUACGUAACUGUGACCGGCGGACCCCUCACCGACUGAGUUCGCCAGGUCACUUUCUGCUGUUUUCGUCAAGUCUGGUGCACAUUUUGGUCAUGCCGAUGACCUUUGGACUCGGGCACCGGGGAGCUGUGGAUAUUUGGAACGGCGCCCGACCGUGCGCCAGAUUCAUUUAGGUUCAGCGUGCAGAUGAAGAAAUGGAAUUGCUGUCAUCAGUUGUUCGUUUGAAACACUUUUCGUCCAGCAGUGAUGAUUUAUUGGAGGUCCCGUGAGCAUUUUGUGUGCUUUUAGUCGAAACAUCGGGAGAAGUCAUCUGUGCAGGAAUCUUUCCCCAAGUUUCUCUUAUCCCGUGGAAAGAUUUGCAACUAUUGCGCCGUCCUGGACCCGCCGGCCGGUCACUCAUUUCACCACAACAAAACUCAUUUUGGGACACAAAAAUGGAUAUGCCAACGCUUCAAAAUUUAGAAUUGAAGAAGCUUAAUGAGGAGGAAGGAUUGUCAACGGUCGCCUUUGCAGAUUAAUCAGUGACCCAGUUUAGGCAAAACGACUCGUGUAGCGUAAAGAGCGAGUUGAGUCGGAGUUGUGAACUCAAAAGCAGAAACGACCUUUGAUUUUCAACACACAAGCACGGUAAAAUGGAGCAAUUCGCUUCAUACAGAAAGCAAAAAUACUUUCCGGUGUUUUUACUCAUAGUGUCAAGCGUGUUGCGGUCGACGGAUCUCAGGUGGAAACGCGAAGGCCGGCAAAGACGUUCUGCCCGUCCGUCCUCAGUAUUGAGGGUCCGUGCCUGGUUUUGUGCCAAGAGCGUCUGUUGGGCUUCCUCGGCUCCGGUUUUACCUUCAACUCCCCAGAAAUCCAAGCGGUGAGAUGGACUUGAAGUGUCGUCAGUCCACAAGUCACCGCGACCCGCAAAAAAGCUGAAACCGCCGUCGGGGUUGCGAAAUUGCUGUGACAAUUCUUCACGCGCUGCCUUUGGCUUGGAUGAGUCCUUGUGGGGGGUGGGGGUCUCCUUUCGUUGUGCCGGAGAGAAGCUGAAUGCCUCGCAAAGUUUUAACGUUGACCUCGUUGGGUCGUGCAAAGUGACUGAAGUGCGACGGAAUUUCCUGUGACUCGGUCGGAACCUUUUUGCGCGGGCCGAGGCAUCUGGCAGCUGUCGCAACGUUCAGUCUCGUUUUACUCCGACAAAAGUCCAACAGAGCGUUUGACUUCUUAACCCGAGCGCAGAAUGUCCCCUUCUCGACCGAACACGUCAAACGCCGGACGAUCUUGUGCCUUUCGGGACAUGUCGUGACUGCAGGAAAAGUGACGUGAAACGGACGGUACGCCUUCAAACAAGCGGCCAAUAAGGACAAAAAGAGGAGGAUCAGAAGCCGUGUACUUUGGAUAAACGAGUAGUAUUUAUUUUCCUGUGUUGUUCCGGGGGCACAAUCCCCUCGGAAGCCUUUUGGCUAACAUUGCCGCGUACCCAGAAGCGUCUGCUCGCCUUCGUUUUGUGAGCUCGCUUGACGUUUCAAGAUCAGUUGAGGAAACGCCACAUUUGCUGAUCAAGAAUUUCAUGACUUCUGGACUGGACCAAACCAAGUCGGCUUUACGUGCGAGGAGAAACCUUCAGCCGGCUGCUUGAGUUGCGGACCGGGAUACCGGAGCCCGCUUGACGCCAUGAAGGGCGACCGCGAGAAGAUGGUGUACCUGCCGUGCGUCUACCGCAACACGGCCACUCUUCGGCCCGACUACUUGGCCACCGUCGACGUGGACCCGGAGUCCGCAUCCUACUGCCAGGUGGUCCACCGUCUUCCGAUGCCCAACGUGAACGACGAGCUUCACCACAGCGGCUGGAACGCGUGCAGCAGCUGCUUCGGGGACGCGUCCAAGAAGCGCGACCGCCUCAUCCUUCCCGCCCUCAUCUCCUCUCGGGUCUACGUGGUCGACGUCGGCACCGACCCCAGGAAACCGAGACUCCACAAGACUGUUGAGCCAGUGGAUCUGUACUGGAAAUGCGGCUUGGCCAACCCCCACACAACCCACUGUCUGGGCUCCGGUCAAAUCCUGAUCAGUUGCAUGGGGGACCCGUCGGGGGCCGGAAAAGGUGGCUUUGUGCUACUGGACGGCGAGACGUUCGAGGUGAUCGGCAACUGGGAGCAUCCGGGUGAAGCCGCCCCCUUUGGGUAUGACUUCUGGUACCAGCCGCGCCAUAACGUGAUGAUCAGCACCGAGUGGGGGGCCCCUAAAGCCCUCGCAGAUGGUUUUAAUCCCGCUCACGUCGCAGAAGGCCAGUACGGCACUUCCCUCCACGUGUGGGACUGGACCACCCAUAAGAGGGUGCAGACCUUGGAUCUGGGAGAAGAGGGUGCCAUUCCACUGGAGAUCCGGUUCCUCCAUGACCCAAACGCCACCGAAGGUUUUGUCGGCUGCGCUCUCAAGGGGAGCGUGUUCCGGUUCUAUAAAGCGCCAACAGGAAAAUGGGCUGCAGAGAAAGUCAUCAGUGUUCCCAGCAAGACAGUGGAAGGAUGGAUGCUUCCUGAAAUGCCGGGUCUGAUCACUGACAUCCUGAUCUCCUUGGAUGACCGUUUCCUUUACUUCAGCAACUGGCUGCAUGGUGACAUCAGACAGUACGACGUCAGCGACACCAGGAACCCUCGACUGGUUGGACAGGUGUUUCUGGGAGGCAGUAUCACCAGCGAUGGACCAGUCCGAGUCCUGGGAGACCCAGAAAACCAGCCGCAGCCUCGCCCUCGUUUUAUCCAGGGGAAGCUCGUCCGCGGUGGUCCUCAGAUGUUGCAGCUAAGCUUGGACGGUCGCAGGCUUUAUGUAACGACGUCACUGUACAGCGGCUGGGACAAACAGUUCUACCCUGAAAUGCUCCGGGAGGGCUCUGUGAUGAUGCAGCUUGACGUGGACUGUGUUAAGGGGGGUCUGACCCUCAACGAGAACUUCCUGGUGGACUUCGGCAAAGAGCCCGGUGGUCCGGCACUGGCUCACGAGCUGAGGUACCCCGGGGGAGACUGCACGUCUGACAUCUGGCUGUGACCCCAGACGUUCUCUUCUUCUUAUUUGAAAUUAAGAUCAUCUGAAUGUUCAGUAUUUAGUUUCAACGUUGAGCCAAGAACAACACGACGAUUGUGAAAAUGAAGACAAUCGGCACGACUUGCUGUUGUGAUUGCACAUUUGAAAAUAAUAAUUAAAAAAAAAAAAAAAAAACACUUGGAGGAUGAUGGUGAUCUUACUAACCGCAGCACUCUCCUUGAUACAAUAAAAUCUUUGAUGGGAAAAAAAAAACAAAAAACCUUGUGUGUAUUGUUUGACAAAAGCAAACUAGCCAAAUACGGUUUGGAUUCUAGUUAGCGCCCGUUGAGGGUCACUUUCAAGAAAGGGUUGGGGUGCAGAAAUUCCAGGACGCUCGUGUGCAUGUAAAACAGAGUCGAUUCAUUUCCGUGUCCGCUGCGCCC